AUGCAUCUUCAAGUGGAACCCAUGCAGCAUUAUACGCUGUUUCCUCCCAAGCCAGCAGUGACUCAAACUCACUCUACGGCGUCCACCGACUUUACCAAGAUCUCGUUUGGUCCUUACCGACGUGCUUCGCCAAAGUCGCACUCCUCGUUCGAACCAUUUGUCCCUUCGCCCUCACCUGGACCUGGAUUGGUGGACUCGUCAGCGCCAGUGAUUCCGCAACUGGCCGAGUUUGCAUCAUCGAUGAUAUACCUGAUGUGGCACGCGCGAAAAUACUGUGUCUCUCCCCCCUUCUCUCCUCAGGAUCGCACUUCGCCACGUCAGUGUUCUGUCACGUCCAUUACCGCUUCACCGGCUUUCAAGCGCUUUUGCUUUCAGGUGCUCAAUGCGACCCAACUUUCCGAUUCCGCCGUAUGCGUGGCUCUCAGAUAUGUCGCCAUUCUUCUGCAAGCCAAUCCCACCAUUGAAGGCGCAGAAGGCUCGGAAUAUCGUCUCUUUAUUGUUUCAUUGAUGCUAGCCAACAAAUUUCUUGACGACAAUACCUACACCAACAAAACCUGGUCAGAAAUUAGCGGAAUGAAAGUCAAUGAUCUGAACGCAAUGGAGGCGGAGUUCCUUGGCGCUCUGGAUUACAACCUGUUUGUUCGCGACACGGAGUUUUUCCGCUGGCGAAAGAUCCUCGAAGCUUGUCGUGAACGUGCCUCCGUCAUGGCAUUUGAAGCGCCUUUGCAACGACAACAGCUCAUCAUGGCGUCAUUGGAGAGCUUGGGAUUAUGUCCUGGUGAACAGAAACCGGUCAAUGACGGUUAUUGGCAGUAUCAUCUUCGUGAACAGGAACAGCGACGUCAAUGGUCUUUUGAAGGAUCGUCACAAGAAACGAAACAACCACGUGUUGAUGAAGAGAAUAUUCGUGAAAUCGAAGAGCAGAAACGUAGAGCCCAUCAGCAAAAAUGGGUGGAAGAUCGCAAACGCCGUAUUCACAAACAGUUGCAGUUCGAUGAUCGUCGUCGCAAAGCUCAGCAGCAACAGCAAUUGGAAGACCGCUUGCGUAAAGCCGAACAACAGCUGGAAGAUCAACGUAAAAAGCAGCAGCUGCGACAGGUCGAAGAACGUUUGCGUCGAGCUCAACAGCAAUUGGAGGAACGUCGCAAGUUGCAACAAGAGUUGGAAGACCAACUCCGUAAAACACAGCAGCGACAGACCCUGGAACAGCAAUUGCGCAGCAUUAUGCAGGAAAAUCGAGAGCGUUCUCUGGAUCAACAUCGUUAUUCUGAAAACGAAAAGUUCCCGUUUGACAAGCAAUCCUAUUCACGUGAGAGCCGUCCAGGGACGCUUCGUGGCGCCUCCACUUCCGCCAAUCGAUUCAGUCUCGCUAGUCUCGAGAACGCCAUGUUCGAAGAUCAAAAGGGCACCCAUUGUUCAGUGUCCCUCUCGCCUCCAAAAGACAUGGCCCUGUCGAAAGACCUGCGUCUUCCUCCGUUGAUCCACCCUUCGCCUGUUCCGAACCACGGCCAUCAACGAUUUCUGGGUGCGGAUCUCCUGACCUCGUUACGUACUUCGUCGUCCGGUUAUAACGCCUGGAAUACCAUCGGUAACGGUACUCAAUUCUUUGAUCGCUGUCAGGGGAUUGGCUUGCAAUCCACACAUCCGUUUGAUCGUUACCAACAAUCACUUCCCAUCUGGCAGAAUUGA